AGGAUUUCAUGAUGCAGCAGACCAUGCUGAGGGUGAAGGAUCCGGUGAAAUCCCUGGACUUCUAUACCCGGAUCAUGGGAAUGACGUGAGUGCCAACCAUAUCCCCACCAAUGUUAUGUGUCUGGUCAUUGGAUCACAAGAAAUACAGUACCUCUGCUCUCUCAAAUAAAAUGUUAACUAGAUGAAUUUUAUGUAAAAGCCAAAGUAAAUUGAUUUAGGACGAACAGUUAUAAAAAUAGAACGAGCUGGAGGCACUUAUUUAGUAAACAAUUACUUAAUAAAGUGAGUUAUUUUGGGCAAAAUGCUACGAUAAACUAGCUUUGGUACCUGACUGGUCCUGCACUCAGCAAUGCUACAUUGGUCUUGGAAUGACGAUGACAAGUUGGUUAAAGCAUUAACCUCUACGGGAUCGGUGUCCCGUAUACGGGACGGUUGAGCUAACGUGCGCUAAUGUGAUUAGCAUGACUGUUGUAAGUAACAGCAAACUUUCCAGGACAUAGACAUGUCUUUAUAUGGGCAGAAAGCUUACAUUCUUGUUAAUCUAACUGCACUGUCCAAUUUACAGUAGCUAUUACAGUGAAGAAAUACCAUGCUAUUGUUUGAGGAGAGUGCACAACAACAAAACAUUUAUCACAGCAACUGGUUUGAUACAUUCACCUCUGAAGGUAAAUAAUGUACUUACAUUCAGUAAUCUUGCUCUGAUUUGUCAUCCUAAGGGUCCCAGAGAUAAAAUGUAGCAUAGUUUUGUUUGACAAAAUCCAUUUUUAUGGAGUCUCUGGCUCCACACCCACCCUGCCCGGCCAUCUAGAUGUGUGAAAGUUAGUGUAUAAGCUAAUGAUCCAUCAUGUAUUACAUUACUGGGAGUGUGUAAACUUACAUUUUGUAUUACCAUAUAAUUUUUGUAUGUUCUCUAUAGUAAUGUACUUGAAAAUGUAUCAAUUGACCAAUUCGGCACGUUUGGGCAAGACUUGAUACAAACUUUGCACAUACACUGCUUCCAUCUAGUGGCCAAAAUCUAAAUUGCGCCUAAACUGCAAUAUUAUAUUGUGGCCUUUCUCUUGCAUUUCACAGAUGAUGGAACAAAAAAAAUUAAAUGCAUGUUUUUUUGUUUGUAUUAUCUUUUACCAGAUCUAAUGUGUUAUAUUCUCCUACAUUAAUUUCACAUUUCCACAAACUUCAAAGUGUUUCCUUUCAAAUGGUAUCAAGAAUAUGCAUAUCCUUGCUUCAGGUCCUGAGCUACAGGCAGUUAGAUUUGGGUAUGUCAUUUUAGGCAAAAAUUGAAAAAAAGGGUCAGAUCCUUAAGAGGUUAAACAAAUGGCAUAACCCUGAAACCAGCCUGAACUCUGAGCUCAACACGUAUUGAGCGCAGCUGUCAGGCUGGUUCAUGAGGCUACCUACUGGCACCCACGCUGACAAUAAGCAAAUGGUAAAACACUACAAUCCUCCUGACGCAUCAGUAUAGAGCAGAUACUUAGCAACAUUUAUUUUGCUCAGUCUGUCAUUUUCCAAUAUAUAGUGCUCUUUUCUCCUCAAAUGCAGUCAUUCAACAUGGGUACCUUUUGUCUCUUCCCUCAGGUUACUGCAAAAGUUUGACUUCCCCUCCAUGCGCUUCUCCCUUUACUUCCUGGGUUACGAGGACAAGAAGGAGAUCCCUGGCGACGUGAAAGAAAGAACGGCCUGGACCUUCUCCAGACGAGCCACCAUUGAGCUCACCCAGUAAGGCCGCUUUGGAUUUUGGGCGAUAGGCAUUAAAUCGCAAAAGCACUCCUCACUAUUCACAAGAGGCUUGGGCAUGAUCAGAAGGUUUAUGAUAGGGGACUCUUACUCCAGUCCUAGAGAGGGACUACAGGAUGUGCAGGGCAGGGUUUCAUUUUAGCAAAGAACCACAAACCAUAAAAAUACCACAGGCUGAUGAUCGCGGUUCAGAACGAAGACAAUCAUAAGUUGAUUCCUUGAAAUGGUUUUGUUAGUGCUGGCAUGGUGCGAAUUACGGAGGAGCCAGGGGGGCUCAGCUCCCCUGAAUGAGACGUUGGCUCCCCUAAAUGCAACAAAAGUCCAACUUUGAGGGGUCUCUAAAUAAUGCCAAUUUAACCAUUUAUCCUAUUUGUUUAAAAUGCAGUGGUAAAUAUGAAAAUGAAAUGAACACCCCCACCUCUGUUAUGGUUUAAACCAUUUAUGUAUGUGGUGGCACUGUCCAUUCAGUAGUGCUGAAUAUUUUGCCUCAGCUGAGCUCCUUCGCAUAGAUUUUCCUCAUUUGCUAUGCAUCCUUGAUAAAAAAUGGCCUUCAUUCCAAUGUAUUCGAUGCAUCUGUUGAUUUAUCAUUGUUUGCUUUUUUAAGUCAGCUGUUUAUAGCGCUCAUUGCUUUGUUUUUCAGGUGCGCGCGGGUAAAAAAAUUGUUUUACUGGAUUACCUGAUAAUUAUUGACAAUAUUACUAGACAACUAGCCUACAGCUAGACACCAAUGCACAUCCAAUCCAUCCAACAAGUAUACGUUAAUGACAGUAGGCCAAUAGUUGACUCUUUCAGUUAGAAGCAUUCAAUUUUACAAUGGCAUACAUUAUUUUGGAUUUGUGUGCCCAUGAGAACUGUUUUUACGGCAAAACAUAAUGUAUUGUUACGUAGGUAUAGUUACACUUACAGUGCUUUUUCCGUGAUCUCCAAGAUAUCUGAUUCGUACAGGGUUUAAGUUCAAUGUUCUAAUUAAAUUGCUAAAUGCUUAAUAAUGACAAAUGACACUGUCAUUAAUAUAAGGAAAGAAAUGUAGUGUUAUGUCACACGAUCUGUGAAGACUCCAAGCAUUAACUCAUUAAUUAUGGACAACUCAUGAACGAGGGUGUAAAACAUGCUUUGAUUCAACUCAUGUAUCAUAUUGAAUGUAGGCUACCUAUUCUGCAUGUUCGUGUUUAAUUUACCCACCCUUUAAAAAAUUUUUUUUUUUUAAAGCAUAGGGAGUGUUACUUUUUCACCGUGAGCGGCAAUUAGUUUACCCACUUAAUUUAAAAAAUACACUGGCUACCGGUAGGCCUAUUUGAAGUUCACGGUAAUACACAUUGUAGCCUAGCGUAAUAAAUUGACCUUGUGUGUUUAGGGUGACCAUACUGUUUUUCCCGGGACAGUUUCAGCCCCCUUUCAGGUGUCCCAACUUAUCAGGCUACAAAAAAUGUCAAUUUGUCAGCCAGACACACAUGUCUAUUUUGUAACAGAUGUCUAUUUCCAUUCAUCAAAUGGCGUGAGUAGACAUGCAGUUUGGAUGCUGGAAUUAUUUUGGAAUGGACGAACAUGCCUACUUUUUGAAGUUAUUUGUUUGACAAUCAGAUACAUGUCUUGACGGGUUGUGUUCAUGCCACAUUAAAAUGUCAUUUAUUUUUGUGUUCUUACAUUCCUGUAAUUGAUCAAUAAAGUUGUAUUGAAUUAUUUUUUCUGUUCCUCCUAGUAACUGGGGCUCUGAGAGUGAUGAUAGCCAGUCUUACCACAACGGCAACUCGGACCCUCGUGGCUUUGGUGAGUCUGUACUCUACACUGAAGCUCAGUAAUCAUCCCCCGCUUUACAUAAAGUCUGCUGGAAUAAUCCAUUAUUUGUCAGUUAUAUUGCAUUGUAAGACUUCACAUUGACAUGUUUGACCCACUUUUUUCUUAUUGUAUAUCUGUAAGACAUUAAACUUUAAAGGCCCAUGCAUGCUUAUAAAAAGUUAUAAAGCAUUAUAUCUGCAAGCUUCCUUGUUACCCACCCUGCCAUUUAUAUAUGUUUUGGCUUGUUAUUCAUCCCAAUGGAUAAAGUCUUUGUUCAAGACUUGGAGAACAGCUGGGGGUAUUUCUGAAAGUCGUUGAAUUGAGUUGAUUGAAUAACCGCAUAAGUGACGUAAACUAGUUAGUCAGCAAUGUCUUAUGUUCUCUCUCACUCAUCAUAGGGCACAUUGGAAUUGCGGUGCCUGACGUCUAUGCUGCCUGCAAGCUGUUUGAAGAGCAAGCAGUCACCUUUGUCAAGAAGCCCGAUGAUGGUAAGAGUAGCCCCACAGUACUACUCAUCCUUGGCUUUUCUGUAAGCAAUAUCCGGGUGUGUGUGAAACAUUUGCCUGGUUUCAUUGAAAAAUAUUUAUGCCAGAUGCAUAAACAACAACUCUUGAGGAUUGUUGUGCUAGCUAAGCUGCUGGUAUUCUCAAUGGUGUUAGUGUUCAUAGCUUAGCAUGUUGCCAAACAGGUGAGGGAAUCACCAUUUAAGUGUCAUUUUAUAUUUGUCUAGAGUUCUCUGUACAGUCAUACUCUGUCAUGUCAGGUAGUUAAAACAUCAGAUUGGGCUACAUGUAAACAUUACUAGAACUGUCUUAUUUAAAUUGGCAACAUGAUAGAUACUUUUAUGUGAAAUCAAUGGAGGCACUUGGAGGCAGUUUUGGUCAAUAACAUUACCACUUCAUGGCCACAUUGAGGGCACGUGAUUUCUUAUUCAACAUGUCAGAGAGGCAUGUUUGUUCUACAUGACAUAUCAACGUUCACAACGUUGUGCCUUGCUGAACGUGGCCCAGGUGUUACUGUUGGCGGGUAUGACUAACACCUUUUUAAUGUGUAUCGCUUCAGUCACAGGGAAAUCCAUCAGCCUUGUGUUUGUAUGGUUAUUUAUGUGUGAAACUAGGCAGAGAAAGACAAUGUCCAUUUACUGGAGCUUACAAGAAAAGUUAUUUAUUGUAAAUUCAAUAAAGUAAAUGGACAAUGCAAUUAUUCUAUAAAUAACUUUUCUUAGAUGCAACAAUUAGUUCAUUUAGGAUAUUUCUUCCUCUGGAAAUAUUUUCAUUCAGCUCGUGUGCUCUUUGGAUGUUUAUUCUACUCUUGCUCCAAUGUGUAUCCUGACAUAGAAAUGCUCCUGAUCAUAUUAUCUCAUGGUGUUGUCUUCUACACUACUCCAUUCUCUUCUCUCUCUUUACCCCUCUAUCGCCCUCUACUCUGCUCUUCUCUCAGGUAAAAUGAAGGGGCUAGCAUUUGUACAGGACCCUGAUGGCUACUGGAUCGAGAUUCUCAGCCCCAACAACAUGGUCUCCAUCACCUCUUAAAGAGGCAACAAGGGUUCCCUCCCGACGGGAUACAGUGCCGUGGCGUCAUUUGGGAUGUAGAUUUUGCCAACAAUUUAGGAAAACCAACCCAGUUCCACAAAGGAUACUUAUGGGAGUAGCAGUGACGGGGACAGAAGGACAAGGCUCACUUUUCUAUUGUCAUGAGAGCUCAUGGCAAUGAAAUGCAGCCCGGCAUUGGGCAAAGGGACAAUUGUAAAGAACUAGGGUUUGAUUUCUCAUUGAAUUUAAUGGCCUAGCAUAGGUUCGGCUGACCUUUUGUUUGGUCUUCAGCGACGCCUAACUUAACCUUCUAAUGUGCAGUAAAGCUAAAUGCCACUGUUCAAAGCUACAGUUACUGUUGUCUGUUUUUCUUUAAUUUAGUGGUAGUCUUGGCAGAUUGGAUUUCUGCUGUGGAUGCCACCACCAUGCUGUCUAAUGAUGUCAUAUUGUGGAGUCUACCUUUUCUGCAGACUUAUACAAUCAACAAACCUGUCUUUUCGGUUUUACUAGUCCUGGGCCCUGGUUUCCCAAAAGCA